GGAGGGAGACACAGGACCUGGGAGCGCUGGUCCUCAUUCGCGUCAUCGCGUGAAACCCCCAAACGGCCAAACCCUAGUCCAGACACUUCGCUGCGUCAAAUACUACAAAGCGCACUGUUACUUCUCUCCGAACUUGUUUGAUCUGUCGAAUCCACACUCUCCUCUUCCGCCCUAAUUCCUGGAAUUCAUCAUUCGUUAUUGCCGAACCUGGUUCGGAUAUUGAUUUUUCAAACAAGUCAAUGAGUUUUGGGGGGUUUUGGAAUAUUAAUGUGAAUUAAGCUUAUUGUGAAUCAAUUCUUUCGCUGGAUAUUGUUUCUGUCAGGAGAGCAGAGGUGGUCAAGGUUUAGUUUGAGGAUUGGUUUUGUGUGUACAAGGGAGAAGAGAAGGCGAAGCCGAGAAGCUCGAAUUCAACACUUUGUCUCUGUGAUCCGAGCAGGAAGUGCAAGAAUUUGGGAUCCAUGUCAAUGUUGUUUAUGUCCUUUUUCAUGAACCAUUGAUCCAUGGAUCCUGAAGGCAAGAAGUUUGGAACAGGACCAAGGGAACUGACUGGCGCUGUUGAUCUUAUAAGCCACUUCAAGUUGUUACCCCACCAUGACUUUUUCUGCAAGCGGACACUUCCUGUAUCAAUUUCAGAUACACAAUAUCUUCACAACGUGGUGGGAGACACAGAAAUCAGAAAAGGGGAAGGGAUGCAGUUAGAUCAGCUUAUUCAGAAUACCUCUUAUUCCAGGGAUACGAAUGCCCACAUUCAACCAUUUGACCUUGAUAUUCUCAAAGAGGCCUUCUUGCUGAGGGAAACUACUCCCAUUGAGUUGCCUUCUGCAGAGAAAGGGACUCCUACAAUUGCUGCGAAAUCUAAGAGUGAGUCCAAGGACAAGGAAAGGAAGCAUAAAAAGCACAAAGAUAAAGAUAGAGAGAAGGAUAAAGAGCAUAAGAAGCACAAGCACCGCCAUAAGGAUCGAAGUAAAGAUAAAGACAAGGACAAGAAGAAAGAUAAAAGUGGGCUUGUUGAUCCUGGUGCUGAACACUCGAAGAAACACCAUGAAAAGAAAAGGAAGCACAAUGUAGAUGAAGAUCUCAAUGAUGCUCACAGACACAAAAAAAGUAAGCAUAGGAGUUCCAAAAUUGAUGAUAUGGGUGCGAUAAAGGUGGUAGGCUGAAAUUGUGCAUACUAUAGUUCAUUGUAGUCUGAAAUGGUUGUCGCUGAGAGUUUUGAAGGGUUUUUCGCCUCAUGUUCAAAUUGCUUGAGAGUGACAUAUGAACCGACUAAAGAAUGUGACGAACAUGAAUUCACUGGAUGAAGGGUAUUAAUGCAAGGUAAAAGAAUUGCAGAAAGGACUUUUUGUAACAUAACAAUGUCAUGGUAUAAUUUCUGGUUUUAGGUAAGACUGGAUUAUUUCUCCCCUUUUUGGCUCAUUUUUAUGGUGUAGUGGAUAUUUCAGCCUGUCAAUUGUAUUUUUUUUUUAUCCUUUUUUCAGUAGCAGUCCAAUGCUUAGUCAGAUUAUCAUUUAGAAAAUGCAGCCUUUUGUUGUGAGAAGGAUAGGUUUAAGAAAGGGAAUUCUGUAUAUGGUUUCGUUUCUUUCCUAAUCAUAGUGAAUGAGUGAUGAGUAAUGACCCGCCGUGCCUAGGCUUGCGGGUUUUGGGCUGUCCUAAACUCCCAAUCCUUGGUGGGUCUUGAUCCAUCUUGAUGAUUGGUGGUUCUGGAUGUUUUCUGGGCGUUUGCUUUGGUAUUUCUUGGGCUGUAGCUUAUGGUUAGGGAAAAAAGGUCCUGGAGUUACAUAAAUCCCAGACUUGUAGAGAGGAAAUAUUCUUUGUAAAUAAGGCAAGUUACAACGGGUUAUUGAUUUAAUAUUAUUGUUGCGUAUUCUAUUUUCUUUGAAUUA